AUGUCCCCAUGUGCCUACAGCGCCAGCCCCGGCAUCCAACUGGUGCGAGGGGACGUGGCCCGUUUCAUCCAGCGCCGCGACAACGUCCCCUCCGACCCCGAGGACAUCUUCCUCUCCACCGGGGCCAGCGACGCCGUCAUGAACAUCCUGAAGCUGCUGGUGUCCGGCGAGGGGAAGACACGUACGGGGGUGCUGAUCCCCAUCCCCCAGUACCCCCUCUACUCGGCGGCCAUCGCCGAGCUCAGCGCCGUCCAGCUCAACUACUACCUGGACGAGGACCACUGCUGGGCCCUGGACGUGGCCGAGCUGCGGCGGGCGGUGACCGAGGGACGGCGUCACUGCUGUCCCCGUGUCCUCUGCAUCAUCAACCCCGGCAACCCCACCGGACAGGUACAGAGCCGACAGUGCAUCGAGGACGUCAUCAAAUUUGCCUUUGAGGAGAAGCUCUUCCUCAUGGCCGAUGAGGUGUACCAGGACAACAUCUACGCUGAGGGCUCAUCUUUCCACUCCUUCAAGAAGGUGCUGUUCGAGAUGGGGCCGCCCUACUCGGAGGUGGUGGAGCUGGCCUCCUUCCACUCCGUCUCCAAGGGCUUCAUGGGCGAGUGUGGGUUCCGUGGCGGGUACGUGGAGGUGGUGAACAUGGACCCCGAGGUGAAGCAGCAGUUGUCCAAGCUGGUGUCGGUGCGGCUGUGCCCACCCGUGACCGGGCAGAUCCUCCUGGAUGCCAUCGUUGACCCACCACAGCCUGGAGAUCCUUCAUAUGACCUCUUCAUGAAGGAGAAGAAGGCGGUGCUCAGCGCCCUGGCGGAGAAGGCCCGUCUCACCCAGGAGAUCUUCAACAAGUGUCCCGGCAUCCACUGCAACCCCGUGCAGGGCGCCAUGUACUCCUUCCCCCGCAUCGAGCUGCCGCCCCGCGCCCUGGCUGCUGCCAAGGAACAGGGUCAGGCCCCCGACAUGUUCUUCUGCAUGAAGCUGCUGGAGGAGACGGGCAUCUGCGUGGUGCCGGGCAGCGGCUUCGGGCAGCGAGAAGGCACCUUCCACUUUCGGGUUGGGCAGGAUCCAUCCUGGGAGCUAUGGGGCUGGGCAAGAUGA